AUGAAUAAAGUAGCACAAUUCAUGAAGUCAUUACCUGGCCUAAUACUUAUAUUAACACUAGUAACCUUAUUGGGUGCAUUGUUAUUUCAAAAGAUUGAAGGUCCAUAUGAAACUCAUUCCAGGACACAUGUAUCUAAGACAAGACAAAAAAUUUUUAUAUUAGCACAACAAUUAGCUAAAAAAGGUGAAAAUGCAGACUGGUCAAAAUUAGUUGCACAAGUUGAUAGAUAUCGUGAAAAAUUAUAUGAAGUAUGGCAAUCUGGUACAGAUGAAUUAACUAUUGAUAUACCGACAAAAUGGAAUUUUUGGGGAAGUAUUUAUUAUUGUUUUACACUGUUUACAACUAUCGGUUAUGGUAAUGUGUUUCCUUCUACUGUCGGUGGUAAACUGUUAACUAUUUUAUAUGGUAUAAUUGCUAUACCAUUAUGUAGUCUUCUUAUCGGUAGAAUAUCAAACGUGAUUAUUCGACUGACAAAAGCAAUUUAUUAUAUGACACUGGAUCCUUCUGGAGUACCAGUUGGUUUAAGGGAAACUUAUCAUCGUAUUGAUGCAACUUUCGAUUUUCGAGUGCUUCCAUCCAUUUUGGCAUUUAUUGUCUACUUGUCUAUUGGAGCAGGAAUUUAUGCUUAUAUUGCUGGACAAAAAGAGUUAGAAUGGACUGCUUUAGAUUUAGUAUACUUUGCAUUUAUAUCAAUAACGACUGUUGGUUUUGGCGAUUUAGUCCCAGAAACAGAUGUAUUUCUAGCAAUUUUCUCAAUUGUAUACAUAGUUAUUGGUUUGGCAAUGACUGGUAUUGUAUUUGGUCGGUUAACCGAAGCAUUUGAACAAAAAUUCUGUGGUCAAACUGUUGAUUUGACUGGAGAAAAUCUUACGAAAACUGACCAACAUGUUAUUGCUUCCUCGCAACGUUUACAAGCCAAAAGAACAGCAACACAUUUAAAACAAACAUAA